GAUAGUGAGAGGAACGAACAUGGCGGCGAUUACAAGCGCGAUAAUAGCAAUAGCGGGAGUGGUGCUGGGAUGGAUAGCCAUAGAAAUCGCUUGCAAGCCUUGUCUGGAGAAAGGCCGCGACGCCAUUGACAGAUCUCUGAAUCCUGAUUACGAUCCCGACGACGACAACAACGACGUUCGUGCUCCUCUUAAUCCAGAUCGAGAACAGCCUAACUCUAAUGCAACCACAGCGGCGUCUUCAGAUGCGAUUAAGAGCGUCUGAUUCAUCUCAAAUUUUCCAUCUCACUGCAAUUUUUCACAUAAUUAAAAAAGUUUGAGUUUGAAAUUGGUGUGGUUGAUUUAUGUUUGAGGAUUUUUAUGGUUGUAUUGUAUGACAUGAAAUCUCGUAAACAAUUAUACAUCCCUAAUAAAAAUUGUUUUUAUUAUUA